CUUUGCUUUUCCAAUUUUUUAUUCAGACAAAACAUUUCCUUUCCGUUCUGUAAAUUAUCUUGCCUCAAGAUUAUCACCAACCACCCCUGACUUUCUGCCUCCUUUUCUCUCUGUAAGUUCGUCAAAUUUCAAUUCUUGGUCCAUAUUAGCAUUUCUAAUUCUCAGAAAUAAACUUUUGAAGAAGACUGUAUAAUAUACCUGUAUAUAUUGUUUUCAGAUUCGAUUUUCUUGGUCAAUCGUUUUCCUUUCUUUCCGCUAUGAAUUCCGUUAGUUUUCUAGGGAAUUCGACGAUAAAACCCACUUGCAGAAUCGUAUUUAGUUGUAGAAACUCGGCGUUUUUGGGGUUCCCGCCUGCAAAAUGCCUCCAUGGUUUUGCUUUCAAUAGAAAUUCAACCAAGAUGUGCCUUAAUCUUGACCAUAGCUGCCAAUUCCAUGCCGGCCCCUUUCGAUUAUCAGGGUUUCGCCGAGUUUUCGCCGAAACCCAUAAGGCUUUUCGUGUACCCAGUUGGAGUUUUGGUCAAUCUGGAGUCAUAUCAAGGCCUUGUAAUGUUGGCACCACAACUAGGGGGGUUUCUCUUAUUACUAAUGUAGCCUCGGAUUUUCGAAAUCUCUCGACUUCAGUUGAAACCCGCGUGAAUGAGAACAACUUUGAGAGGAUAUAUGUUCAGGGUGGUAUGAAUGUGAAGCCUUUGGUGCUGGAGAGAAUCGAUAAGGAAGAGAACAUAGUGGGAGGGGAAGUAGAAGUUGGUGGUGAAAAGGAGGGAUUAAAUGAAAUCUGCAUUGAGAGUCCGAAGAGGGAGGAAUCCGAGAUAGAGAAGGAGGCGUGGAGGUUGUUGCAGAAUGCGGUCGUGACGUAUUGUGGGAGUCCUGUGGGAACUGUGGCUGCAAAUGAUCCUGGUGACAAGCUGCCUUUGAACUAUGACCAGGUCUUUAUUCGCGAUUUUGUUCCUUCAGCGCUCGCUUUCUUGCUUAAGGGGGAAGGAGAGAUUGUGAGGAACUUCCUCCUUCAUACCUUGCAGUUACAGAGUUGGGAGAAAACGGUAGAUUGCUACAGCCCAGGGCAGGGCUUGAUGCCUGCAAGUUUUAAAGUUAGAACUGUGCCACUCGAUGAAAAUAAGUUAGAAGAAGUUCUUGAUCCAGAUUUUGGUGAAUCUGCUAUUGGCCGUGUUGCUCCCGUAGAUUCAGGGUUAUGGUGGAUUAUUCUAUUGAGGGCUUAUGGAAAGAUCACUGGUGACUAUGCUUUACAAGAAAGGGUUGACGUCCAAACAGGGUUGAAAAUGAUCCUGAACUUGUGCUUGACUGAUGGUUUUGAUAUGUUUCCUUCUCUGUUAGUCACCGAUGGCUCCUGCAUGAUAGACCGACGUAUGGGUAUUCAUGGCCACCCACUUGAAAUCCAAGCCUUAUUUUACUCGGCUCUGCGAUGCUCCCGUGAGAUGCUUUCUGUAAAUGAUGGAUCCAAGAAUUUAGUGAGAGCCAUCAACAACAGGCUCAGUGCUUUGUCAUUCCACAUCAGAGAAUAUUAUUGGGUGGAUAUGAAGAAGAUCAAUGAGAUCUAUCGAUACAAGACCGAAGAGUAUUCUUUGGAUGCUACCAACAAGUUCAAUAUCUACCCUGAACAAAUUCCUUCAUGGCUAAUGGAUUGGAUCCCCGAGGAAGGCGGGUAUCUCAUUGGCAAUCUACAACCAGCUCACAUGGAUUUCAGAUUUUUCACACUUGGAAAUCUAUGGUCUAUUGUUUCAUCUUUAGGUACUCCGAGGCAGAAUGAAGCUAUACUAAAUCUGAUUGAAGCAAAAUGGGAUGAUCUUGUGGGCCACAUGCCACUAAAGAUUUGUUAUCCCGCCUUGGAAUCUGAGGAGUGGCAUAUAAUAACCGGCAGUGACCCGAAAAAUACUCCUUGGUCGUAUCACAAUGGCGGGUCUUGGCCGACACUUCUGUGGCAGUUCACGUUGGCGUGUAUCAAGAUGGGAAAACUAGAACUAGCUCGAAAAGCAGUUGCUUUGGCUGAGAAGCGGCUUGCAAAAGACCAUUGGCCGGAGUACUAUGACACCAGAACAGGGAAGUUUAUUGGAAAACAAUCUCGACAUUACCAAACAUGGACCAUUGCUGGGUACCUUACAUCAAAGAUGUUCCUGGAGAAUCCAGAGAUGGCGUCUUUAUUAUUCUGGGACGAGGAUUACGAGCUUCUCGAGAUCUGUGUCUGCGCACUUAGCAAGACUGGGCGGAAAAAGUGCUCCCGAGGUGCUGCAAGAUCUCAGAUUCUUGUUUGAUGGGUCUCCAAUUCUUUCAAGAUCACUGCAUUUUGGCACCAUGUGUGCAGGGUCAUAUUAGUUCCCCACAUCAACAAUGGUGCUAUAUGGCUUAUGGUAUUCUUCUACUUUUAAAGGCAGAAUGCCUUUAUACUGUACAGCUACGACAAGUUAAAAGUGUAGGUUCUGAAAAGAUUUCAGAAAGAGCACUUUUCAACUUUAUUUGGUAUGGACAUUUCUUUUACACGUUUUGUAUUAGAAUAAUUCCUUUUGCUAUCCGAUCACGUUUAGUUGAUCGGUGCUGACACAUAAACUUAUUGGUAUUACCUCAGAAUGUACUCCAAUACAACUAGUGGCCUAACAUCUGAAUCUGUAAAUUAUAUGACAAUAAAUGCAUAUGUAGUUAAUUUAAACUUGCCUCAAAAUGUUGAAGGAUGACUUUUUCUUUUGG